GCGUUGCGGGACGUUUAAGCAGCGAUCCGGGGCUGCGGACUGUGAUAAGAAAAUCGCGAGUGCGGGCGUGUUGGGCGUUAUGUGGCUACAGGGACUGCAUUUGGCUCUAACAUGAUGCCCUGUACACCUUGGAUACUGUGGGAGAAACUUGGAUAGCAUAACCAGAAAGUAGGACGUGUAAAGGGCUGCACCUGGCAGCAUUUCUGAAUAAGAAGUGCAAUCAUGUCUGUCAUGAUGGUUAGGAAAAAAGUCACGCGGAAAUGGGAGAAACUACCUGGAAAGAACACUUUCUGCUGCGAUGGUCGAGUGAUGAUGGCCAGACAAAAGGGCAUAUUUUACCUAACCCUGAUACUCAUCUUGGGCACCUGUUCCCUCUUCUUCGCGUUUGAGUGUCGCUACCUGGCCGUGCACCUCUCUCCAGCAAUACCAGUCUUUGCAGCAGUCCUUUUUCUGUUUGCCAUGGCUACUCUGUUACGCACAAGUUUCAGUGACCCUGGAGUCAUACCACGAGCAUUGCCUGAUGAGGCAGCUUUCAUAGAAAUGGAAAUAGAGGCAGCCAAUGGAAAUGUGCCACAAGGACAGCGGCCUCCACCCCGCAUAAAAAAUGUUCAAAUAAACAAUCAGAUUGUGAAGUUGAAAUAUUGCUAUACCUGCAAAAUCUUUCGCCCACCUCGAGCCUCCCACUGCAGUAUCUGUGAUAACUGUGUGGAGCGCUUUGAUCAUCAUUGUCCGUGGGUGGGGAACUGUGUUGGAAAGAGGAAUUACCGUUACUUCUACCUCUUCAUACUCUCUUUGUCCCUACUGACAAUCUACAUCUUUGCCUUCAACAUUGUCUAUGUUGCUUUAAACUCAUUAAGCAUUGGCUUCCUUAACACACUGAAAGAAAGCCCAGGGACUGUUUUGGAAGUGUUUAUCUGCUUCUUUACCCUGUGGUCUGUUGUGGGAUUAACUGGUUUUCACACAUUUUUGGUGUCCCUUAACCAGACGACCAAUGAAGAUAUAAAAGGAUCCUGGACUGGAAAAAACCGUGUUCAAAAUCCAUACAGUCAUGGCAAUCCUGUAAAGAACUGUUGUGAAGUGUUAUGUGGGCCUGUGCAGCCAAGUAUGCUUGAUAGGAGAGGCAUUUUGCAGGAACAGGCUGGGGUUCUGGGACAAACUGAGCAGGCAAAUGGUAAUGCACAGCAAGAUCCGGUUUCUGCUGCCCCUCUAAUGUCCAGUGAAUCCUUGGAGAAUCCAGCAUCGCCAGGGAAAGGUCCCCAAGCUAAUGCUAUGGAGAUGUCUGUUCAGAUCCCCAAACAAUCAGAUGGGACAAAGAUCUAAUGGGAAGAUUAAAAACUUUCUUUUUUUCCAUUGAAAAAGGCUACUAUUCCAGAUGAGAACAUCAGAAGGAUCCUAUAUGCCAUUUUACUUUAGUAUUUUGCUCGUAUUAAUUAUGAAGGUGAUGUCUUUUUGGAGGGUAAAUUAUCAUAUCAGCCUGGGAAAACUGCUCAUUUAAACAGAUGUCAGGUGCUAUUUGAAUAUGCCAAUAACCUAACUCGGAAGAGAUUGUCACAGCAAGAAGUCAGCCGGACUGGUCUGCUAUUUUCUUCCCACAGGAGCUGGUUCUUCACAUUGCAUCUGAAUUCUGUGUCCCUCUGGAGAGUGGUGAACACUGACUGUCUCUGGCUGGCCAGACCAUCAGAGAUGGUGUCUGCAAUACAGGGACAGGUUGGCUGUUUCUUCCCCAUUCCUAUGGGGGAAUGCUGGGUCCUGUGAUGGAUAACCUAAAAAUAUGCACACAUUUACUUUGCUUGCCGAGCCUAGCUGCCACAUGCUGGAAAAACAAAGCUCCUGGUCGAUGCACAGCAGUUUCCAAUUACACCAGGUCUAGUGCAAUAUUUUUAAUGCAGUGUGGACUGCCCUGGUUCAUUAUUAGUGCAGUUUGGCUUUAUAGAACUGCAGUCCCAGUACACACAUACACACAAACACACACACUAUUCCCUUAAUUUAUCUCUAAGCUGUCAUGUUAUAAGCUCAUUUUAAUGUAUGUUUUAUUAUUUUAUUCAUCAGACCCCAAAAUAGCACCUUGUCUGAUAUAGCAAUUCUGCAGAUGUAAAGAAAAGCUGGCUUAUAUGAAUUCCAAUCAAAAGGCAAUAUUACGUUUAAAUGGAUUUUGUGUUCGGAGGCAUCCACUUAGAGGAUUUAUAGUUUCUAUUAUUUCUAUUAUUCUGGUUGUUUUAAUAAUUUUAAACUUCAGAUGGUGUUAAAAGAACUUUUUGAAUAAUUUAUUCUUAAUACAGUAUUUUUUUUUUUUGUCUUAAUUGCAGGAAUUUCUUGCUAUCAAAGAUUUGCUUGAUCAAGGGUUCCUCUUGGAUGUACAAUAUUUUGUAGUGUAAUUAUGCACCUAUUUCUUAGAAAAAUCCUUCCUUGGAACAAUUAUUUGACUGCAGAGUAUAAUGUGCUUCUUCAUUAGGGUGCACUAUAUGCUGUUAUGAUGCAAUACCAGAAAACACUGCAGGUUACUUCUGUCUGAUUAAAAUGGGAGGAGCCAUAAGUAGGCCAUGGAGCACAAAACCACCAAAAAAAGUGCUGUCCAACUUAUUACAUGUAGUGGGCCAAUUAGGUCUCAUACAGUGUGUUUGAGGGCCAGAUUAUAUUAAAAUGAUGCCAUACAAUGCAGCUCCAGUGCGACCUGCGGGCCAUAAAAAUCCUUUUGAGGGCUACAUCCAGCCAUGGGCCCUCCAGUUGGGCAGCUCUGACCUAAUAAUAAAGGUGAUCUCAUGGGAAUCCCAAGAAUUUAGCUUUUCCAGCCAUUUGUCAUACUCUUCUGUUUUAUCAGCUGGAACUUAAGCAUUCUCUGACAGUUUUUCCCUGUUAGGGAAAGCAGGGAGCCAAGUCAGCAAUAUCUGAUAGGCCACUAGUUAUGGUUGCCUACUUUAGAUGAUAAUAGGGUUUUUGGUAAAGUAUUACUGUGGUAAGCUUCUAAAUGCAUUCCCCUUGUAUAAGUGAUAACUAGGUUUGUGGUAGUGUUCCAGAUUAAUGAAUAUAUUUUAUGAUUAUAUUCUUUGUUUUAUUCCGUUUUGCUUUUGACCGUUUCCCUAGUGGAGACAAGGAUAUCCCCUUUAGUGCACUGAGAUUUUGAAAAACAUCUUUUAGGUGCUCAGUGUUGUAGUGAAUUAAAUUUAACUGCCAAACCCCAUAGUUUGAGGGAGGAAGUUUUGAUUGGCACAGUUUUGGUCUAAUGACCAUGCUACAGUGUUUAUUUUUUAAGCCUGGCUUAAAGCCCCCCUUAAUAUCAGUAUUGUAUAUGUCAGCCAUACUGAAUUUCUGUUUUUCACUUGGGAUUUAUACAAAUCGGGCAUUACAGAUCUUUUAAUUUGCUGUUUGCCUCCAUUUCCAAAAAAUGGCAUUUUGCUCCAAAGUACACAGUUUGGUAUAAGCAGUAAUAUAUUUAGAUAAUAAGCUAAGAAUCAGUGGUACAUUGGUUUGGGUACUGUGCUAAUGGUUCCUGUGUUCUGUUCUGGUUAGAUGAUAUCUGUAUGUAUAAUGAAAUAUCAGAUACUGACACCAUAACAUUGUUAGUAAUUCAGAUACAAACAGCAAUUUUUUUUUCUCCUAAAUCCCAGUUCCUAAUUGGCCCUCAUAGUAGGUGCAUUUCUUUGUUCUCUUGUCUCAGGUAUUGAGUUCCAUGAGUUGAUGUUAAAUAUUUAUGGAGCACUUUUUAUAAUUCAGGUUUUUUUCUCCAUCCAGGGGGUUAAGUGACAAAAUAUAAUGCGUCACAUGCUUCCCAGAAGAUGCCCCUCUUGUCACACUCAUAACCUGAAUGAAUAAAGGGCUUUGCAUGACUAUCAAAUUUGCCCAGUGUUGAUAAAUGAGCUCCACUAGUAUGUUUUACCUACUAAUAUUCCAAACUGUAUUUGCUGAACUGAUGUACAGCCAGACUGUGUUAUGCUUUGGGACAGGGAUAUCAGACCAGCAGUUUGCCAAAUCUGGAGGAUGUUAGGAGUUAGACCCCUUCUGGCGAGUCUCAAGUAGGAUAUUCUUGUCUUCUCUUGAUUUUAGCAGUGGAAUCUUCAUUGUGUGUCUUACUGGGGAUUCUGUUGUAGUGUAGCCACAGUUUGAAGAACUUUGUUUUACAUCUAUGUAUUCUGUAGUUUACCUUAAUGUCUUAAAUGAACUAUGCCCUAAACAAAUCAGGGAAAGCUGUCACUACAAUUUUCCCUAGUGAAACACUUUUCACACACGUUUAGCCAACGUUUAUAAAAAUAUCCUUUUUGCUUGAGUUUUAUAUAAAGUUCUGUUAAUUUGUAAACAUUCCAUGUGAUUUAUUUUGACUUUCCAGAUGUUUGUCACAAUGUGGUCCGAUUGCUUUUGUACAUAUAUUAAAUAUAAAUGUCGAUAGAGGAAACAUGCAUGGCAUCAACCCCAGCCUUAAUGAACAUAUUUGAAAAAAGGUAAAAUGCCAUGUUGUGGGUUUUACAGAUAUGCAGUUUAUACUGGAAAUGUUUACACAUGGUGCAUCUGAUGAUGUAUAAUGUGUCCCUUGAUCUGACCCAUUAUAGAACUUAUGAUGUAUAAAAUGUGUUUUUUCAGCACUCUGAGGGAUCAAAUAUUUAUAGAAAUCCUUCCCCCCUCAGCAGUCAGUGAAUGAAUACUUGUUAUAGUUUGUAUAAGUGAUAGACUUCUUUGGUGCUCCAGCUUUUGCUGAUCCACAGCUUCCCAUGUCUUUCUGGUUGGUGGGGCAUGUAGUAUACACUACUUGUGUUUGCUUAUUCUAGGUUUGAAACUGUGACGGUAAUCAUUCCAGCAUGCUUCUUCUAUUGAUUUUGACCAGUCAUUAAAAUAUGAGCAAAUCUAUAAAGCUGGAGAUGUACAACUAGAUUAGAUGGUAUGAUCUGGCCACAAGUUGAUGGCCAAAUUGCUUUGAUUGGUCAACCAGCAUGAGGUGCAGCCAACUGGUUUUGAAGUGUUACUAAAAUAUUUAUAAAGCUGGAGGCUCAGGGCAAAUGUGUUGAUUUGCCAAUCAUGAUACAGUGUCCAUAUAUUGUCGAGGUUGGCCUACAGUAGGGCUUUAGGAUGAUACAAUGAUUGUUCCAAAGAUGCAUAAUUUUUUUCCCAAUAAAGUUUGUAAACCAGAAUAUAUAAUUUUGCAUAAUAAAAGCAAAUCUAAUUCUAAAUCAGUGCUUCAGUACUCUAUUCCCCUUCUCCAAAGACUCCAGUUACCACAAUGCCUUGAACGAUCUGUGAUUAAAAGACCUGUAAAAAAGGGGCAAUCACAGUUGUAUACGGGCAGCCAAAUCUAGCAGUGUGAAAUGUAUUUUUUCUUUUGUGAAGGCCACCAAUACAACUUAUGAAUACGUGGAAGAUGAACUCUGUUUUGGGAGACAAAACCUAUGAAUGGUAGAUAGAGACACUUCCUCCAACAACCAAUAACUGUUUAAUCAGUCGAUAUUUGUAAUUAAUGGAUAAUAAAACCCCUGUAUGAAACUUCAUAUGCAGAGGCAUUCCUCCCAAUCUGUACCACUUAUGUGCAGCAGUACAGUCCCUCUCCUACUGAGUUUUUUUGCUGCUUGACCUCUCGCAGGCAUUGGUUGCUGAGCAGGAGUAUGCACAGAGGUGACAACUGCAAAAUGUACUGUGCCUUUGUGUUGUAAUGACGUACAGGGCAGCAGGGCUGAAUUGGGGCGAGUCAGUGGUGCAGUAUUGGAGGGGGGAGCCUCUGCAGGGGACUGAGACUGUGUAACUGGUUUAGAAUUUAUUUUUAUUUUAUCAUGCAAAAUGUAAUGUUGACUUUGCAACACCUUUAAUAUUUCUGUUAGACAAAUACCCUGGAAAUCUUCCAUCUGCAUCUGUAUGAAAGAGUAUCCAUUUAUCUAGUCUUGCCCAUCCUUUUUAGCGUUAAGCCUACGGUAUGCAGGUACAAUUGGUAAAUACCUUUAUAACCUCUAAAUGGCAGUGCAAACUUGUGUUACACCUGUAUUAUGAUUUCAACAUAUUCCUUAUAGUUGUGUAUAAGAAAUAAUGCUUUGUCACAAAGACAUUACAUCUGUAAUCUAUAGCAAGGAAUAAGGCCAUUUGCCUUAAUGCAGACCACCUAUUACUAAAUAUUGUCUUUGCUUUGUCUAAAACCAACACACUUGUAUUAUAGCAAAUAAUUAUCCUUUUAAUAUGGCUACAGAGAAGGCUGCUUUUAAUGAUCUUUAUCUGGGCCUACAGACUGGUUAUUGUGCUUGGGAUUGGCUUGGCCAGGAAAAGCAGAGGUGAUAAAAUGCUCCUAAAGUGCCAUAGCCCUUAAUUAUAUCAAGGUAUGCAAACUAUUUUUUAUGUUGCUGUGUGGCCUUUCUCUCAAGUGAAUCUUUUAUUUCAGCAUUUGUCCUGCCUAUUUUGGUUUGGUACAGGAAUCUUAUGGAGAUGUGUGAGGGACAAGUAUAGUGUUGAAAGAAAUCUAGAAAAAACAGUGUAUCAGCCUUUUGGGUCAUUAUACAGUUUGGAAUAUGACUUCAUCUUUUCUCAACAGAAAGUCAAAGCUAUGCUGAAUGUUGCUUUAUCCCCAGUAAGCCUACCUGUGUGUUCAAGGGACUGUAGGAGUGACCUUGUCUGUCUUCUUCUAACAGCAUUAAAUGUAGCAAAAUAAAUGGUGGCUUGUGUAUCCCAAAUGAAAAGGAAAGUAUCACAUGAAAACUACAUUUAAAUGGGGGAGGGGGAACACUGUUCACCCUUGCUGGAGCAGCAUUGAACAAAAAUGUCAGUUGUAGCAACACUAAAGUUCCUGGUAUUUGUUUAGUUGGCACUAAGUGCAGUGUUCUGCAGAAGGGUGUCCCCUGCUUAAGCCAUAAGCCAAAUGCCAAGCUAGGCAUCCUGUGCUGGAAGGAAGUGGCUAAGGUGCCCCCCUCUCACCACAAACAAGUGCUGCAGCCAUUCAGAUAGAUUUGUUUCCACAGUUCAAGACUCUGCCCUCAAACAUUCAAAAGCAAGUCCGAUUAAUUCAUUUAUAUUACUAUAAAACCAUUGUAAUGGGGUAGAAUUUAAGUACUAAAUCAACUAGUAGCUAGUAUUUGUGUACAUUCUACAUCUAUAAUGUCUUACUGGAUUAGGAACACUAACUUGGCUUUUUUAUAUUCCACCCCUUGCUCACUUCCUUCCAUGUAAUGCCCCUCUUUUUCAUUGGUAUUAUGUUUAUUUAGGAACCCUUUCUUGGCACUGAUACUUUACUUUUCAUGAGAUGGGAAAACACACAAAGUGUGGAUUUAUUUUCUUGUUUUUUUCUCUUCUGCCAUAAGCUUUCAUUUGCAGCCCACCCCAUUCCUGGACACAAUAAGGGUCUGGUUCCCUUGGAAAACAUUCAGCUAGAACAGCAUUUUUUUCCUGCAUAAAAGUCAGUUUUUUUGUCUUAAUCUGUUAUCCUAUACAGUUUAGUCUAACACUUCCCCUAUAUGCUACUGACCAAAUUAUUGUACCUUGCAAAAAAUGUGUAUUUUUAUUUAAUGGUAUUGUGUAUAAACAUGCACUUUCGUUUGAACUUCUUUACCUGGUAUUUUUUUUCCAUAAUGAAGGAAUUAAACUAUUUAUUUGCCUGUGGUCAUUUUA